GGGACCGCGCUCCAGAGGCGCACAGCGGCAGCCGGAAGUUGCCUCUGGGUCUCCAGCUCCGUCUACAGGAAGCGCCCCCUCGGUGCCCCGCUCCAUCUGCAGGAAGUGCCCCCUGUCCCUCAUCCCGUGGAACCCCUACCCGCUGAACUGCACCGUCGCCGCCUCCCACUAGCAGCAGGCACCGCCAGGCUGUGGCGCUCUGGCCUCCUGGCUCCCAGAGCAGCCUUUCAUGAGCUCGGCACAUCCUCGUUGCACACCUUCCCUAAACCUUUGAGCAGCAAAUAGACACACUUAACGGCUGGGCGCUAGGCGCUGGCUUACAUGUCUUGGCGUAGAUUGGGCACGCUAGAGCCCUGGCUAAUGCACCUCAGGCACAUCUAUUACAUUCGUCAAGAAGUCCAUCAGUCUUUGUUGGGUACCAGGACAGGCGGGAAGCUGGAGGCGUCCUGCUAGCACGGGAAGAUGCGGGUCUGGAGUCAAGGCAAGUUGGAGCCAAUAAAGGAUACACAUGGCCUUGAAAGAGAUUGUAGAGGUUCGUUGAGCAGUACAUUUCUGAAGCACAGACUUCAGCCAAAUGAGCUUUGCGGCACCUUCUGAGGCGGACGUGUGUGAAGCUUCGUCGACUUCCCCUGCUGACAAUGAAGACAGCCUUGUGACAGUGAAGGUGGAGGAUCCCACCUGGGAGCAGCCAGGCAACUCACAGGCGGGCAGGACUCAUACUCAGGAACUUCACCGCCUGAGAUUCCGACAGUUCUGUUACCAGGAGGCCCCUGGGCCCCGGGAAGCUCUGGCCCAGCUUCGGGAACUUUGCCCUCAGUGGCUGAGGCCAGAGACUCACAGCAAGGAGCAGAUCCUGGAGCUGCCGGUGCUGGAGCAGUUCCUGACCAUCCUGCCCAAAGAACUCCAAGCCUGGGUACAGAUGUAUGGUCUGCAGAGUGGGGCCGAGGCAGCGGCAUUGCUGGAGAAUCUAGCCUCGGAACGUGGAGACUCAGGACAGCACGCCACUUUCUAUGUUCAGGAACAGGACAUGCACCUAGUGGUGACCGAAUAUCAAGGUGCCUCUUUGGAAUUUCAGAGCCUCCAGUUCCUCCAGCCUGGGGUCCCUCCUCUGGCAUGUGAACCUCCAAAGCUCCCCCCAGAAGCUUGUGCGCCCCACAUUCCUGGUUGUACUACUUUCCCUACGGAAAAGACAGUCUCAAGGUUGAACACUCUCAGGAACUGCCACCCACCCCGAGACUCCUGGGCCAGGAUGCACAUCGCAUCCUUGCAGUAUGCAGCUGGAGACAUCACUCGGAAAGGGAGGGAAAAAGACAAAUCUCGAGUGAGUGAGCUGCUAGGGCCUGCAUUUUCUGAUGACUCAGAGGCAGAGGAAGACAAUGAGCCUGAGGUACAGCCUCAGAGAAAGAAGCUAAAGGUGUCCACUGUCCCCGAGAAGAAUUGGACUAAAAGAGACAUUAAGCCCAACUUUCCAAGCUGGUCAGCACUGGAUUCUGGACUUUGGAAUCUCAAGAGUGAGAAGUUGAACCCAGUAGAGCUCUUUAAAUUAUUUUUUGAUGAUGAAACGUUUAACUUGAUUGUCAAUGAAACCAAUAAUUAUGCUUCUCAGAGAAAUGUCAGCUUGGAAGUCACAGUGCAGGAAAUGCGGUAUGUGUUUGGUGUCCUGCUCUGGAGUGGACUCGCAAGGCAUCCCAGGAGGGGAAUGUAUUGGGAAAUCUCUGAUGCUGAUCAGACCCUGGUUAGAAAUGCAAUUAAAAGGGACAGAUUUGAAUUGAUUUUCUCAUACCUGCAUUUGGCUGAUAAUAGCCACCUAGAUCAAAAAGAUAAGUUUUCAAAAUUGAGGCCUCUAAUAAAGCAAAUGAAUAAGAAUUUCCUCCUGUACGCCCCCCUAGAAGAAUACUAUUGUUUUGGCAGGUCAAUGUGUGAAUGCUUUGAUAGUGACGAAUUUCUGAAUGGAAAGCCUCUUAGAAUUGGCUAUAAAAUUUGGUGUGGUACGCCGGGCGGCGGUGGUGGCGCAUGCCUUUAAUCCCAGCACUCGGGAGGCAGAGCCAGGCGGAUCUCUGUGAGUUCGAGGCCAGCCUGGACUACCAAGUGAGUUCCAGGAGAGGCGCAAAGCUACACAGAGAAACCCUGUCUCGAAAAACCAAAAAAAAAAAAAAAAAAAAAAAAAAAAAAAAAAAAAAAAAAAAUUUGGUGUGGUCCAAACACACAAGGCUAUCUAGUUUGGUUUGAGCCCUACCAAGAAGACUCAGCUGCGGAAACAGAUGAGGAGCUGGACCUUGGGCUAGGUGGGAAUCUAAUAAUGAGCUUUGCUGAUGAUCUUUUGCAGAAAGGUCACUAUCCCUAUCACCUGUGUUUCGAUACCUUCUUUACAAGUGUUCAACUGAUGUCAGCUUUGAAGAAGAAGGGAGCGAAGGCUGCAGGAUCAGUUCGUGAAAACAGGACUGAAAAAUGCCCGCUCAUGAAUGUAGAACACAUGAAAAAGAUGAACAGGAGUAUUUUGAUUUCAGGGUGGAAGAAAAUGAUGAGAUAAUUUUAUGCCGUUGACUUGGUGAUGGCUUUAUUAGUCCGUGUUCGAAUGCUGUAGGCAUAGAACCAGUCAGUGAAGUAAACUGUGUUGCUGGUGAGGAAGAGCUCCUUCAGGUAAGCCAACCAUCCAUAGUGAAAUUGUAUGAGGAAUUCGGGAAAGGUGUGGCUAAAAUGGAUCAAAGUAUUUCCAAAUAUAGGGUGGGAUUAAGAAGUAAGAAAUGACCGGGCGGUGGUGGCGCACGCCUUUAAUCCCAGCACUUGGGAGGCAGAGCCAGGCGGAUCUCUGUGAGUUCAAGGCCAGCCUGGGCUACCAAGUGAGUCCCAGGAAAGGCGCAAAGCUGCACAGAGAAACCCUGUCUCGAAAAACCAAAAAAAAAAGAAGUAAGAAAUGGUACUCAGGUUUGGUUAGUUACAUGAUCGAUGCAGCCAUGAACAAUGCAUGGUAGCUACACAGUAUCUGUAACCCUAGCUCUCCUUUAGACCUCCUGGGUUUCUGGAGAUAUGUUGCACACUUUUACUUGGGACAUGAUGUUAAUCUGUCUGAUUAGGGCAGAUAAAAUACAUAAUAACAAGAUACAAAAAAAAAUAUAAUUAGAUUACUCUACCAAAGCAAAUGUAAUGGAAGUGGUGCAACUAAGUACUUGGUAUUUUUUUAAAUCAUAGAUUGUUACAGCAAAUAUGUUAAAAAGGUGUUUUGUGAGUGUUGAAUUUGUGUUAUAUGCCUAAUUUUGUGUCAGAUGCGUGCAAUCACUUACUCAUUAAGUUAUUUUCUAAAAGAGCAAAACCCAUUUCCCCAUUGUCAGUUUUCUUUGGACACUGACAUUUUGAAAAUGCAGGCAAUAUCACACUCUAUAGAAUGGCACUGAAUCCAUAAUCCAAAAUAGAUAUACUGCUCAUGAGGGAAGAAUGUUCUAAACAAGACAUAGGUGUGAGGGACUAAAUAUCUCAGCUGUAUCACACCAUGUGUAGUUGAGACAGGGCCAGUCAUGAAAUUGGAGUACAGGGAUGGAAGUGUGAAACUGUAUCUUUAAAUACUGAAGGAAAUGUUAUGACUAUGAGUUGGAAGAAGUCAAAAUGAGAAAGGUCGUGAAGCAAGUUGAGUAGCAAUAGUUAUCUUGAGAAGAAAGAAAGCAGGAGGCUACUGGCAAAAAGCUCAUGUCAAAGUCCCACAAGAUGAAUGAGUCUGGAUUGAGGUCAUCAGUGAUUAUUUAUCCGGGGGAGACAUUUGGAACUAUGACUCCAUAGUGCUGAAGUCUCAUAGGGGUGGCUUAGGCUAAAGACAAAGAUUCUACAUCAUUUCUGUGUUUCAGACAAUUUUCUUCAAUAUUUGUUUUAUUAUGUAUGCAUCUGUGAUAGAAUGAUACCUUAGUUACUUUUCAAUUGCUGGGACAACUUAUAAAACAAUGUGUUUACUGGGGGUUACAGUUUCAGAAGUUCACAGUUCAUGACCAUUAUCAUGGGGAGCAUGGCUGGCAGGCAUGGCACUGAGCAGUAGCUGAGAGUUUAAACCUUUAUCCACAAGUGCAAGGCAAAGUGCCAAUUAGGAAUGGUCUGGGCUUUGAAACUUCAAAGUCAGUCCUCAAUGACACACCUCUUCCAACAAAGCUACACCUAAUCCUUCCCAAACAGUUCUACCAACUGCGGACCAGGUAUUCACGCAUAUGAGCCUAUUGGGGACCAUUCUCAUUCAAAUCAUCAUUUUUUUUUUUUAGUUUGCCAUUAUUAUUAUUUUAAGUGCAUGAGUCUUUUUUUUCAACAUAUGUCUAUGUACCAUAUGAGUACCUGGUACUCAUGGAGGUUAGAAGAGGGUGUUGGAUCCUCUGGAAUUGGAUUUACAGGUGGUUAUGAGCUGCCAUGUGGGUGCUAAGAAUUGAAUCCAGGCCUUCUGACAGAGUAGCCAGUACUCUUAAUCACUGAGCCAUCUUUGCAGUCCUCUUGAGAGGCAAAUUUAAGCCAUGUAUAAUAAUACAUUCAUCCAUGUUUCAGAAUAUUUCUUUACACUGUGUGAAGAUGUGUCACUGUGAUUGGUUUACUAAAGAGCUGAAUAGCCAAUAGCUAGGCAGGGAGAGGUUAGGUGGAACUUCCAGGGACAGAGAGGACUCUGGGAAGAAGAAAGGCAGAGUCAAGAGCCAGACAUGAAAAGGAAACAGGAGGCACAAGAUGGAGGAGAGGUAAUGCCAUAUAGCAGAAUGUAGAUUAAUAUAAAUGGGUUAAUUUAAGUUAUAAGAGCUAGUUGAACAAGCCUAAGCUAAAGGCCAAACUUUCACUAUUAAUAAAUAAGUUCCCAUGUCAUUAUUUGGGGACUGGAUAUCCAAAGAUAGUACUGCUGCACAUGCAUUCCAAAAGUUCCUGCCUAGCUGACAAAGGGUGGUUGUGGUUUACCUUGUUGUGCCCCUGCACUAAACACAUAGGAUACUUCUGUCCACACUGUGUUCACUAUGCCGUGUGAACAGUGCCUUACAAUGUGGCUAUUUUUAUUUAGUAUUUGCCCAUUACAAGAAAAUAAACUUCCAAAAUAUGUCUUCUACAGCCACACGGGACAUGAAAUUAAGUGCUAUGUACUAUUCAGGGUACUUAAACUUCAUUGUAACUUAAUUGAAAAAUUUGGCUUAUCCAAAAAAAUAGCUGUAUGUUUAUUUUUUCAAAUAGUCAACUUAAUUCUUUUUAUUACAUUUAUUUGUGUGAAUGUGUGUGGGUAAACACAUGGUGUAUAUGUGGAACUCAGGGUAAAAGGGGGUCCAUUCUCUCCAUAUGGGUUCUAGGAAUCAAACUCAGGUCUUCAGGGUUGGAAGUAAUUCAUGAAUAUUCCAUUGUGCAUAUGUAAUACCAAUAAACAUUGCCUAAAAUGCCUCAGCUCAGAUUUGAAAAUACUCUAUGUUAUACAUUGAGGUGUUUUUACUGUACAUAUAAAGCGUUCUGCUCUUAUAGAAACACAAUGGCUAUGUUCACAUUGGCAGCACAUAUAUGAAAAUCAUAACAAUGCACAGAAGAUUAGCAUGGCCCUUCUGCAAGGAUGACACUCAAAUUUGUGAAGCGUUCCAUACUUUUUAGCAAGGAAAUGGAACCGGCCUAGAUGUCCAUCAACAGAAAAUGGAUAACAAAACUCAGCAUAUGUACACUAUGGAAUUUUACCCAGCUGUAACUAGAUGGGAGUCCAGGAGCAGGGAGCAAGAGAUGUUGAGGAAGUUUGGGGAGGAGGGCAAAAGCACUUUCACUUAUGAAAGGAAAAAGAAGGCUUCUGGGAGUGGGUUGUGAGAGAAGGGACAGAAGAAAAACAACCCAAACAAAAUUUA